AUGAGCCAAUUUCAGAUGCCAGUGCCCGUCCAGCAGGAGCCACCGGGCCUUCCCAACUUCCCUCAGGGCAAGGGGAUGCCAGGGAGCUUCAGAGGGCCUGGGCUCCCCGCUGGGGUGGCAGGGAGCACAGAGCAGCAGCCUGGGGGGUGUGGCGAUGGCCGGAAAAAGCGCAAGCGAUGUGGGAUGUGUGAGCCCUGUCGGAGACUGGAAAACUGUGGGGCCUGUACCAGCUGCACCAACCGGAGGACCCACCAGAUUUGCAAACUUCGCAAGUGUGAGCUGCUCAAGAAGAAAGCCGGCCUGCUCAGGGAGGUGGAGAUAAAGCCGGGCGAAGGGGCCGCUCCUUGGGGACAAGCCACCACCGUGGCAACAGGCUUGGAGGGAAGCCCAGUUGAUGGACCCGUCCCAGGCCGGAUGGACCCAGGGCCAGUGUACCAUGGGGAGGAACGGCGGCUAAACACUCCUAGGGCCCCUGUCAAUGGGGCCGGAGAACCGGCUGGGCCGGGACUACUGGGGGUUGGAGGAGUGUGGCAGGUAGACCAGAAGCCUGAUUGGGAGCCUUCCCCCAGCCCAGCUCAUGCUGCCCACCCAGAAGACGCCCAUGACCUCGUGGCCUUCUCAGCAGUGGCUGAAGCCGUUUCCUCCUAUGGGGCCCUCAGCACCCGCCUCUAUGAGACCUUCAAUCGGGAGAUGAGCCGAGAGGGUGGCAGCAACCUUAGCGGCCCUCGACCCGGCCCCGACAGCUAUUCGGCAGGGGGAGAGGACCUGGAUACCCUUCAGACAGCCCUGGCACUGGCCCGCCAUGGCAUGAAGCCACCCAACUGCAACUGUGAUGGGCCCGAGUGUCCCGACUACCUCGAUUGGCUGGAGGAAAAGAUCAAAUCUGUGGCUGUGGGAGGAGGGGAGGACCGGCCUCGUGCUCCUGGGCCUCUCCAUCCUGGGGAAGUGGGCCUCCCAGCCCUGGGUCCUGGGCCCCUUCUCAGCCCUGAUGCUCCCCAGCUGCACUCACCCAACGGUCUGCCACUUUCAGAGAGUGCCCUAAACAUCGCGAAGGAGAAAAACAUCAGCCUGCAGACAGCCAUUGCCAUAGAAGCCCUCACCCAGCUCUCCUCUGCCCUGCCCCAGCCAUCCCCCUGCCCACAGCCCAAGGCCUUAUCCCCGACUCCUCCUUUUCGACCUCCUCAGUCUUACCUUCGGACCUCCUCGUGGCCUGUGGGCCCGCCUGAAGAGCCUCAGUCCUGUGCUUCUGAGAGUUCAGCCUUCCCUCCGGGAGCCCCCCGAACUGAGUUUCCUGAGGUCUGGGGCCCAGACACGCCCCCCGUGACCCCUUGCACCUCCUGGCCAGUCCCCCGCACUGGCCCGGACCCCAUGGCUGAGCUGGAACAACUUCUGGGCAGCUCCAAUGAUUAUAUCCCAUCGUCUUUCAAACGGCCCGAGGCUCUGCCCGCCAAGCCCAAAAUCAAGGUUGAGCCCCGCUCCCCCCCUGCGCCCAGUCCCCGCAAGGAGGCGCCCACUCCGGCCUCAGAUCUCGACACCCACCGAAAGGUCCAGUCGACCCUCCAACAACAUCUCCAUCACAAGCGCAGCCUGUUCCUUGAGCAGAACCAGGGCAGCGCCUGCCCAAGGGCUUCCUCGGUGCCGCCCCCUGCCCGGGGCUGGUGGGCCCCUCCGAUUCCUGGGACCCCUCGGCCCGCGGACAAGCCAGUCAAGGAGAAGAAGAAGAAACAGCUGCCUGCAGUUAGUGGCCUGGUGGGGGGUGAGAAACGUGCCCUGGGGCUCAAGACGGUCACCCGGAAGAUAGUGCAAAUUAAGAAGCCCAAGGUGCGGGAUGCCCACCCUCGCUUCAUGCCCCUCCGCCAGAUCAGCCUGGAAGUGUUGAAAAGCCCUGCUCCUGGGGACCUGAAGGCAGGCACCGCUCCUCCUCUGCCCACCUGCAGGGGCAUCUCCGGGCCCCCAGUCCCAGCCCCUCCCCAUGCAUUAUUUGCACCAGGUCCCUCUGGGGGUAGCCUUUUGCCCCCUACUCAGGAAAUGGCUUGUCCCAGCCUUGCUGCCGCCCUGCAGUCUAGCCCUGCGACUGUCCCCCUGGUCCCUGCCGAUGACAAGCUGGAGGAGCUCUUCCAGCAGUUUGAAGCAGAGUUCGGGGACAACUUUGGCCUUGCAGCUGCCCCUCCAGCCCCCGCCUGCUCCCCCGAGCACCUGGCAUCCUGUGUCCUACGCCCUGAGAGCCCAUUUCCUGGACGCUCCCGAAAACAGAUGAAGAUAGAGGCUUCCGGGUCUGUUGCUGUGAUUUCCACUACCUGCUUGGAGGUGGAGGAAACAGGCCUGGAGGCGACACCCACCAAACCAGACCUUCCAGCCACUCCCAACCUCCGGGGCUUCUUGGAGUCCCCACUCAAGUACCUGGACACCCCCACCAAGAACCUGCUGGACACCCCCUCCAAGAGAGCCCAGGCCGAGUUCCCCGUCUGUGAGUGUGUGGAAGGCCCAGGCAGGGCGCUAACGCCGUGUCUUUCUGUCCCCAGCUACGGAGAGAAGGGGAAGGCGAUCCGCAUCGAGAAGGUUGUUUACACCGGCAAGGAAGGCAAGAGCUCUCGGGGCUGUCCCAUUGCCAAGUGGGUAUACCGGCGCUACACGGAGGAGGAGAAGCUGCUCUGCUUGGUUCGACAUCGCUCGGGGCACCGCUGCGAGCAGGCCGUCAUCAUCAUCCUCAUUCUGGUCUGGGAGGGCAUCAGCUCCGAGCUGGGGGACACCCUGUACCGGGAGCUGACUGAGACCCUGCGCUGCUACGGGAAUCCCACCACCCGGAGAUGCGGCCUCAAUGACGAUCGAACCUGCGCGUGCCAGGGGAAAGACCCGUCCACCUGUGGUGCCUCCUUCUCCUUCGGCUGCUCCUGGAGCAUGUACUUCAAUGGCUGCAAAUAUGCCCGGAGCAAGUUUCCUCGCAAGUUCCGGCUCACGGGGGACAAUCCUGAGGAGGAGGAAAAUCUCCGGAAACACUUUCAGAACCUGGCCACUCAGGUCGCCCCGCUGUACAAGAAGCUGGCCCCGCAGGCCUAUCAGAAUCAGGUGAACAAUGAAGAAGAAGCCAUCGACUGUCGCUUGGGGCUGAAGCCGGGCCGGCCUUUCUCGGGGGUCACAGCCUGCAUGGACUUCUGUGCCCAUGCCCACAAGGACCAGCACAACCUAUACAACGGCUGCACUGUGGUCUGCACGCUGACCAAGGAGGACAAUCGCUGCGUGGGCCAGAUCCCGGAGGACGAGCAGCUGCACGUCCUUCCCCUCUACAAGAUCGAUAACACGGAUGAGUUUGGCAGCGAGGAGAACCAGAGGGCGAAGAUGGCCAGCGGGGCCAUCCAGGUGCUAACCGCCUUCCCCCGAGAGGUGCGCAGGCUCCCCGAGCCGGCCAAGUCCUGCCGCCAGCGGCAGCUGGAAGCUCGCAAGGCGGCCGCUGAGAAGAAGAAGCUCCAGAAGGAGAAGCUGCUCACUCCAGAGAAGAUCAAGCAGGAGGCCCUAGACAUCCCUGAGCUACUCCAGCCCGAUCCAGGUCUCUCUUUGAAGAACGGGUUGUCCCAGCAAGCCCUGAAGCCGGCCAUCAAGGUGGAGCCGCCCAAUCACUACAACUCCUUCAAGUACAACGGCAACUCGGUGGUGGAGAGCUACUCGGUGCUGGGCAGUUGCCGGCCCUCGGACCCCUACAGCGUGAACAGCGUCUACUCUUGCCAUUCAUACUAUGCACAACCCAACCUGAGUCCCAUCAACGGCUUCCACUCCAAGUUCGCUCUCCCGUCCUUCGGCUACUACGGCUUCUCCCCCGGCGGCUCCGUCUUCUCCUCUCAGUUCCUAAACUAUGGUGCCAACGGCCGGGGCCCGGGCGGCUGGGGGGGCCCCCUCGGGGUCUUCGAUAAAAAGCCGGAUCUGCAGGCCCUGCAGAGCGGCCUGACCCCGGCGUACGGCGGCCCCGAGUUCUCCGAGCUGCCGGCUCAGGCCGUGGCCAACGACGGCCACCACACGCCUCACCACCAGCCUGCCUACCCGGGCCCCAAGGAGUACCUGCUCCCCAAGGGCCACCGGACCCGCCCCGCGGCCACAGAGCCUCCCCCCUUUGCACAGAGCGGCCCCUGCUUCGGUCAAGUCAUCAAGCAGGAGCCGUGCGACCGCCUGCCCCAGGCCGAGCCCCUCCCCGGGGUCCCCGGGAGCCUGGGCAAGCCCCCCGUCCCCGAGGCCUCCCAGAACGGGGCCAAGGAGCCCCUGUGGGGGGGAGCCCCCCCCGGCAGCCAGAGCGCUUCUCCAAAGAGGACUAACGGGGUGCCCGGGGCCUGGGGCCUGUUCGCUCCCGGAGAGAGCCCCGUCCUCCCCGACAAACUGGGGCCUUUUGGUGCUAGCUGCGUGCCCGCGUCCCGGCUCUCGGACGGCCAGUGGGGCCUGUUCCCCUCGGAAGGGGGGCAGCCCCCCCAGCAGCCCUCCCUGGGGCCUCCCAACGGAGCCGGCCUGCUGAGCAAGGCCUGGAGCCCCUGCAAGUUCCGCGAGAGCACCCCCAGCUUCAAUGGGCCCAGCCUGGCGGAGAAGCCGUGGGGCCUGGGGCCGGACUUCGGGCCCGCUCUCAAGGGGAGCUCGGGCUACGCGGACAAGCUGUGGGGGCCCGCCAAAGGGGACGAGGGCAGGACUCCGGCGCCGGCCGACAAAGCCUGGGCCUCUUUCGGGGCGGCCCUCGGCGCGGGGCCCCCCAAGCCCGAGGACAAGCUGUGGGACGCCCUGAGCCUCGGGGAGGGCCCGGCCGACAAGAGGGCCCCGAAGGAGGAGGAGGCGGGGGCCGGCGGGGGCGGCGGAGGGGGCCCGGCCGCCGCCGCCGCCGAGGAGGAGGACGAGGAGCUCUGGUCGGACAGCGAGCACAACUUCCUGGACGAGAACAUCGGCGGCGUGGCUGUGGCGCCCACGCACGGCUCCAUCCUGAUCGAGUGCGCCCGGCGCGAGCUGCACGCCACCACGCCGCUGAAGAAGCCCAACCGCUACCACCCCACCCGCAUCUCGCUGGUCUUCUACCAGCACAAGAACCUCAACCAGCCCAACCACGGCCUGGCCCUGUGGGAGGCCAAGAUGAAGCAGCUGGCCGAGAGGGCGCGCGCCCGCGAGGAGGCGGCCCGCCUGGGCCUCGGCCACCCCGACGUCAAGCCCUACGGCAAGAAGCGCAAGUGGGGGGGCGCGGCGGCCCCCGAGCCGCAGCCGGAGGAGAAGAGGAGCCCCGUCCCCACCCGCCACGUGCCGGCCAUCACCACCGACUCGGUGGUCACCGUGUCCUCCUACGCCUACACCAAGGUCACGGGGCCCUACAGCCGCUGGAUCUGA